AUGGAGCAGAAGAAAAAGAGGGGGCGGCCCAAGAAGGCCGACACCAUGGACCUGCAAAAUGCGGCUCCGUCUCCCUCCUCCGUCUCGCCCAUGGACGAAGGUGAACCCGGGGAAGCAGGAGCUUCAAUACAGGGUCGCCAGGGGCGCCCCCGGAAGUCGCCGGCGGUGGGGGAGGGAUCGGCGGCGGCCGCCGGUGGCGGUCACAAGCAGGGCAGAGGAAGGGGGCGCCCUAAGAAGGCGCCACGCCGUGGAGGAGCCGUGUUGAAGAAUCCCGGGGACACCGCCAAGGCCCCUUCAUCUCCUCUGCGUGGCUCGCUAGUCGUCUCGAACAAUGGCAGCGACUGCUCUGAGCCGCCGCCGAAGUGGGAACAGGUGGUGCGGGUGGUACCUUCGAUGGACGCCGUGGUGAAGGUGUUCUGCGUGCACACGGAGCCCAAUUUUUCCCUCCCAUGGCAGCGCAAACGACAGUACAGCUCGAGCAGCAGCGGGUUCAUCAUCGGGGGCAGGAGGGUCCUGACUAAUGCUCAUUCGGUCGAGCACUACACGCAGGUUAAGCUGAAGAAGCGCGGUUCGGACACCAAAUACCUCGCGACUGUUCUGGCCAUUGGGACAGAAUGCGAUAUUGGUAAGCAAGAUCGUUCAUUUUUAUCGCCGAUCAAGUUCCUCUUUCUUCUGCUGCAAGUUUGUCAUGUUCUUCUCCUAAUCUGCAAUCAGGUUAUUCCUCCCACAUAAUUUAAUCUUACGAGGGUGUGGGCGUCUCUUCCUAAUCCUCUUGGCGCCUUCUUGUGUAGAAAGAAAUGAAAAAUCUGGAGAAACGUUUUACCUGUUGGACAUGAAAAUUACGUCUACAUUAAAAAAAGGCGCCAAAGAGGUGUCGGACCUCUGCUGCUUGUAGGAGAUCACUGGCUGUCGUAUUUUGCAGAUUUGGAGUGACUGACGCUGACGUUGUAUAGUUAGAUCAUUGUUUCCUAUUUCCAAUCUUUGAUGCACGUUGUUAGGUCUUUUAAAGAAGAAUCUCCUAUCGAAGAUAAAUUUUUCAACAUCCUGCUUGUAGGAGUCCGGGGUUUCCUUGUUGGAGCCACUUCCUGUCAUAUGUAAUUCUGACUUGCUGUUCAGCUAUUCAUGUACCACUAGUAUGCUGGUUUUCUGGCUAAAUACUGAAUGGGCUUUGAAAUGAAUAACUCCGAAGUCGGUGGAUAGUUUUUGGGAAUGUUUGUUGUCCUACAUUAUAUAAAGGCUGUGAAAAUGUCAUUCUUUUGAGCUAAGUAACAUUGAAUGGCCCGGAUAAAAACACACAUGUUGGAGAAUUCCUAACGUUUGUUUCUGUGUUGUUUCGUUGUUCCUAAAACUUGUAAUGAGUCUGGUAUUGAGUCUUUCAUGUAUGGGUGGAUAAGAUGACUGUUGGGUGCAAAAUUGAUUCCUGCAGGGAUACUUCUCUCUUAUAAAUUCAGUCUGUCAUCCGGUUCGUGUUAUUCAAAAUUUGGGCUUCUUAUUUACUUGAUUUUCUUAUCUCGCCAAUUUCUUGAUCACGGCAUCUUUUCUUCUCACAUCAGUAAAUUGUUUUCAUGCUUAGCACUGCUAACCGUUAGCGAUGAUGAGUUCUGGGACGGAGUUUUACCUGUGGAAUUCGGUCCUUUGCCCGCACUCCAAGAUGCUGUAACUGUUGUUGGUUAUCCAAUUGGGGGCGACACAAUCUCUGUGACAAGUGGUGUUGUUUCACGCAUGGAGAUCUUAUCCUAUGUUCAUGGCUCCACUGAGCUACUUGGCUUGCAGGUCUGAAAUUUAUCAUGUUGAAGUUCUAUCAACAGUAUCUCUUACAUAAAUUCUGGCGUUUGCAUUGUGUCUGCUGAUCAAUGUUUCUGUUCUUUUAUAUCUUGGCUGAGCUAUUUAUCAAACUUGAACGUUUCAAUGGACAGAUCGAUGCUGCAAUAAACUCUGGAAACUCUGGUGGCCCUGCUUUCAAUGAUAAGGGAAAAUGUGUUGGUAUAGCGUUUCAAUCCCUUAAACAUGAAGAUGCUGAAAAUAUAGGUUAUGUUAUACCCACACCUGUGAUUUCACACUUCAUUCAUGACUUUGAAAAGUCAGGGGAGUAUACAGGUACUUUGAAAGUUUUGUUGAUUCGCAUCUUAUUUAGUUUUUUUUUCAUUCUUUUUGAUUUAAAAGGUAUCAGUCUUUAUACUUUUGUCUUUUAUUACACUCCCAAAUGAUGUAUUCGUCCCAUCACAGGCUUUCCGAUUCUUGGAAUUGAAUGGCAGAAGAUGGAAAACCCGGACCUACGCAAAGCUAUGGGAAUGAGACCUGAUCAGAAGGGUGUUCGUAUUAGGAGAAUAGAGCCUACUGCUCCAGAAUCUCAGUUUUUAAAGCCAUCUGAUAUUAUUCUCAGUUUUGAUGGAAUUGACAUUGCUAAUGAUGGAACAAGUAAGGUGCUCUAUUAGCUUUUUCCAUAUUCCCUUGUGUUUGUUGUUUUGUCCCGAAUUCCCUUAUGGUAGAUUUUCUUUCGAAUGAUUGAAUUUCAUGGUUAUUUGAUUUUUUUGAUCUCUCACUUGUUAAUUUUAUACGAAGAAGGUUGCUUUACUAAGAAAUAUUUAAUAAUUCUUGCGAGUAUUUACAUACCUGCCAUAAUUUCACUUUCUAUCUUGACUUUUGAGGUAAAUAAAUGUUGGUGGACUCAUCCAUUAGGUUAUUAUUUUCUGCUUUUCUUGUAUUUUAAGAAUUUCUAGCGUGAUUUUUACUUACACUGCUUCAAUGGUGGCAUAAUAGUUCCUUUCAGGCAUGGGGAACGCAUUGGUUUCAGCUAUCUUGUUUCUCAGAAGUACACUGGAGAGAAUGCUGUUGUGAAGGUUCUUCGCAAGUCAAAAGUCCAUGAGUUUAGCAUAAAACUUUCUACCAACAGGAAGCUCAUUCCUGCACACAUUAAGGGAAGACCUCCAUCGUAUUACAUUAUCGCUGGUUUUGUAUUUUCAACGGUGUCGGUUCCUUAUCUCCGUUCUGAGGUUAGUUCAAAAUGUACCAUAUUUACUGAAUUUUUUGUUGUAUUUUCAGUACGCAUGGUUAUUUCUUUUUGUAGGUCACCCUCUGAACUACAUCAUUAUGUUGGGAGAAAGUCUCUUUGUUGCUAAUUUGAUAGGAUUACUAUGCCAUCUUUGUGUUUGUACAGCAAUUUCAUCUCAGUUCAAUAUGUUUAUGCUAUUUUGGUGCGUAAAAUGCUCGAACUACAGUUUACUUUUCUUAGUUAUUAUGUUGCUUCGAACUCUCUAAUUGUCUCCGACCUCUGUUCAUGGCUUUCCAAUCUGGUUCAGUUUCAAAACCUGAACUUGUUAGAUUGUCAAUAAGGCAUUUUAAUAGUGAGACAUGUGAACAAAUGGGAUGAAUAUAUUCCAAAGUUGCAUCUUACUGAUAAAUGCCAGUCUGUCGCCGAGAUUAGAUAAAAGCCUUUCUAAGUAUUUACAACUUUGCAAUUCAGAUAAUUCUUCAGCGGUUAAAAAGUUUAUGUUUCAAAAAGAUGCUAAUGAGGUACCAAAGGCUUUAGGAAUAAUCAUUUUACAGGAAUCAUACACUGAUCUAAGCACCUGGUCUUUUGCCAUCUAUGCAUUUCUUUGUCUCCUCUUGCAUGGUUUCUACAGCAUAAAAUAUUUUAGUCAUGGUUGAUUGGUAACUCAUCUAAUCUCUUGUUCAUAAGGUUUACCUUUUAAAUAUAUGGUCAAAAUAUAUGCUGCAGAACCAGUGGAUUUGUCAUGGAUUGACAACCUGCUGCCAGACGGAUGUCAUUUUAGUUGAUGUUUUAUUUCCUGCCUAUUGGCAGUUGGCAAGUGGAAGGAAUGGUUGAAAUGUGUUUGCAAUUCCCAGGGGAUUUAUUUAUAGAUGAACUUGUUGGUGGAUAGAUUGGAAAAAUUUCAGGGGAUUUAGUUUCAAGUUUACAUCGUGUACUUAGUCUGGAAUUCAAGAAGAGAGACGGCUGAAAUUCUUUAUCAUAUGAUGGCUAUUGUUUUUCUAGUGAAGUCAUUCCUUCCAUUCUGUUUUAAAGCAUCAGUGUUAGACUAAUCCAUUGAUUUGUACUAUUAACUUCUAUUCAUCUUCAUUUCUUUCCUUUCACUACAUUAGAAGAUGAACGAUUUCAAUUCAGUUGUGAAUCGUGUUGGUCUUUUUUAAUUCUUUCAGUACGGAAAGGAAUAUGAAUAUGAUGCACCUGUCAAACUGUUGGACAAGCUUCUGCAUUCAAUGGCACAAUCAGAAGAUGAACAGCUUGUGGUGGUCUCCCAGGUUUCUUAUUCCCUUAUAUCUAUUAAUACAUUAUAUCUAUUUUCAUAGUGCAUAAUCACUUCACCUUUGGGAAUGUACUCGGACAUGUUCGGCUUUGGCUGUUCUGACUUUUUAUUGUUGUUGUAACUGUAGGUGCUUGUGGCUGAUAUCAAUAUUGGUUAUGAAGACAUUGUCAAUACUCAGGUUAGGCUGCCUGAAAUAUUCUUUCUAAAUUAACUUGGAAACUGCAUCUGUUCUUGGGAUUGAUAAAAAAUUACUAAAGCUACCAGGUUUCUCCCUGAUAACAUUUUCCAUUUUAAAUUAUGCCUGCUUAGAUAAAGCAUUAGUACAUCCAAAUGCCUAUUGUUAUGGUCUGCAUGAAUCCACUUUGUCAUGAGUGGUUCCAGGCAUGGAAAUGGGUAUGCUUCCCUUGGAUCCUACUCUUUGCCGUUUGUAGAUAACUUUGUUUAGAUGCUUAUGCCAUCCUGGUUGUAAAAUUAGUGGGGCAUGGAAAUAUGCGAGAUUGUACGUUAAUACAGCAUGGGAAUAACAGAAGCAUAGAUUAAAUGGGAAUCCCUGGUAGUUUUUCCGAACAAUGUUGUGUAAUGUUGGUUAUGUUUUCCCUUUGAUGCACAUCUUGAUGAUAAGAUCUUUCUCUUCCAGGUUCUUUCCUUCAAUGGUAAGCCCGUGAAGAAUCUGAAAUGCUUGGCGGCGAUGGUAGAAAGCUGCGACGACGAAUUUUUGCAGUUUGAUUUGGAGUACCAACAGGUCCUUCUUUCGUUCUUCAAUUACAAUUUAGUUUUAAAAAUUCAACCUUUUUUUUUCCUGCUGAAGAAAAUUCCAAACGAAUCAUUUCUGCCUCAUGCGAAAUCAUUUCUGUUCAAUUAUUCAGCAGCAAUUUAUUCUUCCAUACCCAAGAAAAUCAAUAUUUCCUUAUUAAAUGUGAACCACCAUCAUUCCUUUUGUGGGUUUUAAACUAUUUUACCUCAUUGUUUCAACAUAUUGUUACUUUUCCUGGUGUUUCUCAUCAGCUCCAUGUUCCGAGUUGACCUAUGUAAGUACGGAUGGAUUGUUUUGGCCGGACCGAUUACCAGCUAGGGUGAAUGGUACUACCCUUAUCAGUUCCAUACAGGAGAAAGUGAGCCAAUUGAGGUGAAGGUUUGGGCAUGGCUGUGUCAGUUCAAUGCCGCUUAUUUUCAUCAGUUUAGAUCAACUGAUGAUAAAAUAAGAGAAAUUUUCCAUCGCAUCAUAUAUCCGGGUUUUUCAUCCUAAAUAUGCGUCUUCUUCCAUUCAUGAAUUGGCUUCUCACCAAACUACGUGCAUACAAGGAUGAGUUCAUGUACUAAAAUAAUGAUUGAUUACUAAUCUCAUCUUAUUUUUUUUUCUCGAUUUCACAACUCUAGGAUGUCUUCAGUUCAUCACAAGGAUGAGUUUUGUUGAGUGGUUAAAUUAAUAUUUAAUUACUAAUCAUUACCAUAUAGAUGAGGAAGAGUUUCACAAUAGGUUGUUUCUAGAUGUUAUAGUUGACUUGAGUGCUUUAUAAAUUCAUGGCAAACUAUAUAAUUGUAAAGAUUGUAGCACCUCAAUCGGGUGUUAUGGUAUCAUUUCAAAUGAAACGAAAUGGUGAAAAUAAUUGAAAAAACAUUGACCAUUUUCCGAAUGCUUCCCAUUCUUGCCAUUGAAUUCCCCCCUCUCCCACCUCUCUCCUCCUCUCUCCUGCACCAUCGUGUUAUUGAUGCUCUUGAUGUCUACAGAUAGUUGUCCUGCAGACGAAGACCGCCAAGGCUGCCACGCCGGAUAUUCUGACGAUGCACUGCAUACCUUCAGCAAUGUCAGACGAUCUAAAGACUUGA